AUGACGUGUAAAGAAAAACCAUCGAAAAGUAUUUUAAAAGCUGAUCACGAGAAAGCAACUACACUUGGAACAUAUAAUAUUUAUACAAAACGUGCCAGUUUCAAAGAUGAUGUAAUUUUACAACAAUUUAUCCAAGACAAAUGUGAACCAACUACACCUUGUGUCAUUGAAGCUAAACUACCUAUCGCUCCUGAUGUAACCGAAGAAGAAUUAACACCUGAAGAAAUAUCAAGACGUAAAGAAUUCAAACAAAAACGUCGUUUGGUAGACUUAGAAGGUGCUGACGGAUUAAGUUUGAAAGCUGUUCUAGCACAUCGUGUCUCUUUGCCCGGUGUGGAAGGUGACGAUGAGGUAGAAAUGGAAGCUGAGAAAAAUGUAGAAGAAGAAGAAGAAGACCACGAAGAAGUUAAAGCUACUGAUCAACAAUUUGAUCGAACAGCUAAGCAAAUUCCUAGUGGAUCUAUCUAUGCAACGAAUAAUGAUGAUUCACUUUCAUUACUGUCCAAAUCAUCCAAACACCAAUCUGAUAUUGAAUGGAAUUUCUCUAAUAUGGAACAUGAAACAAUUAUCGAUAAAUUAUCAAAUAGAAAGUCUGAUCAAUCGGAUAGUUGUUGUGAAACAACAAGUAUUUUAUAUUCAGUUCCUAAUAUUGUGAACACAUUGUCAACUUCAACGAUUAAAACAGUAGAAGAACAAACAUCACCACCAACACCACCACCAAUGACAACAAUAAAAAUCAAUAAGGAUAACAGAAAAUAACUUGCUAUUCUUCUAUUAUACCACUUAUCCUCAAAUGAUUAUUAUAGGUCAUUAUCUAUA